AUGUCCACAAACGAUGAUUAUUAUAUUGAAAUAUUGAGCAAUAUUAGUGUUUAUCUCUAUCGAUAUGGUAAUUUGGCAAUCUAUAUUUUGGGCAACAUUGGAAACUUGUUAAGUAUUUUAAUUUUUAGUCGAAAACCAUGGAAGAAAAAUGUCUGUGUAUUCUAUUUUAUCAUAUUUCUUAUUCUUAGUUGUAUCUAUCUUAAUUCGAUUAUUCUUGGAACGGCAUUAAUAAAUGGCUUUGAUAUCAAUGCUCAAAAUUCGAAUGCUUUACUAUGUAAACUUCUUCAUUAUGUUGGAAUAUUUUCUUCUACUCUAUUGCCUACCGUUAUUAUCCUUGCAUCUAUUGAUCGUCUAUUAAUUUCGUCUCAAAAUGUUGAAACUCGUUUGUAUAGUUCAAAGCGUUUGGCCUAUUUUUCGAUUAGUUCAAGUACAUUGUUUUGGUUAUUUUUUCAUAUACAUUUACUCAUUAAAGUUAAUAUUCAACAAAUCGGUUCUUCCGAUUGGAUUUGUGAUUAUGAUCUAUCAGGAUCGUAUAUUGACUUUGUAAACUAUUCUCUAAUGACUUUUAAUUGUCUUUUUUGUCUUCUAAUGAUUAUUCUAUCUAUAUUAACUUUUAAAAAUGUUCGUUAUAUUCGUUGUACUCGUCGUCAUCAACGAAAACAGAUUCGAUCAAUAACAAAAAAAGAUUUCCAAUUAAUUCGUUGUUUGUUCGUUCUAGUUAUCGUUUAUAUUUCCGUAAGCGUAGCACCAGCUUUAAAUUCUGUCUAUACAACAGCAACAAAAAAUCAAUUACGUACACCAUUACAAGAUGAAACUGUUUAUUUCGUCGCCAACUUAUUUGAUUUUAUUUAUUUUACUUUUUACUGUAGUAAAUUUUUCAUAUUUUUGAUUGUGUCGAAAGCUUUUCGACACGAAUUGAAACGAAUCGUUUUCAAGCUGUUCGGCAAUGACCUUGUGGUAUUAACAGAAAAAGAAAAUAAUCAAAACAACAAUGAAAACUUAAACGUUACUGUUGUUAAUACGAUUGAAAUACCAUAUUGA